GGGGCAGAAUACUUUGUCCACUCUGGGUACUGGCAUCACGCACUAUGCCACUGCACUGGGAAAGAGCUUGGAGAGAAGAGACAUAUAGAAAGGGAGCAGCAAGACAGGUGAGAGAGCCGAGGAGAGAGAACACAUUGACCAGGAUCUGCAGUCAUGUCUCUGUAUCCAUCUCUGGAGGAUCUGAAGGUUGACCGUGCAUUACAGGCACAGGCCACCCAAGCGAUUGCCCAACAACAACAUGCUGCCCAACAACAGCUCGCCGCCAUAAUGCCAUCUGCACCUUCUAUGUCCUCCGCUCAGGGUCUAUACCCAAAUCUGUCAGAACUCAACAAUUACAUGGGACUGUCACUGACGGAUGAAGAGUUACAGCUUAACAUGUCACUGGUUCCAUCUGGAGGAAACGAUGUGGCAGUCCCUCACACCAUCCCCGGAGGACUGGUGGCUCCAGUCACUGGUAAUGACAUUGGUCUUAGACGGGCAGAAAUUAAGAAUGGAAUCCGGGAGGUGAUCUUGUGCAAGGAUGAGAACGGCAAAGUGGGCCUGAGGCUACGGACUGUGGAUAAGGGGGUGUUUGUGCAGCUCGUCCAAGUCAAUUCUCCAGCCUCCUUGGUGGGCCUGAGGUUCGGGGACCAGAUCCUACAGAUCGAUAAUCAGGACUGUGCCGGGUGGAGCAAUGACCGGGCCCACAAGGCGCUGAAAAAAGCUGGACAGGACAGGAUCAGCAUGAUAGUUAGGGACCGUCCAUUCCAGCGUACAAUCACUCUACAGAAAGAUUCCUCAGGACAUGUCGGCUUUGUCUACAAGAAGGGAAAGAUCACCUCGCUGGUGAAGGACGGCUCAGCGGCCAGAAAUGGGCUGCUCACCAACCAUUACCUGUGUGAGGUCAACGGGCAGAACGUCAUUGGACUCAAGGAUCGUCAGAUAGAAAACAUUUUGGCCUCGUCUGGCCGCAGCGUCACAGUCACAGUGAUCCCUACAGUCAUCUACGAGCACAUUAUCAAAAAAAUGUCAUCAGGACUCAUUAAGAACUCCAUGGACCAUUCCAUCCCAGAAGUGUAAAGUCACCUGCCAGGAAAACCUGAAGGAAAACCUGAAGGAAUGUGGUCGAUAGCCUGGAGGGCAUCCAGGCCUAAUAUGCACUUUACAUAUGUAUACGUGACCUCUAACCUCAUUCUACAGGAACCCCCACCUAACCUAUGGACAAUUCCUGUCUCAUCUGGCUCUACUUUCUACAGAGACCAAUGUCUAUGCAAUACUCAUCAAACAAGAGGGUUCAGAGGGGAAACUGCAAACCAAGGACCCAUGUGUUACAUGCAAUCUUAUCUAUGAGGUCAAAGGUUGACAUGAAGUAGAUAUGACAGAACAUAAUAUACCUUCUUAAUGUGAUCCAUCACCUCCUUACACAAGUUUUUUUUUACAACAUGUGGCUUUCCAGCUGUUGCAAAACUACAGCUCCCAUCAUACUGUGACAGUCCCAUGAUGGGAGUUGUAUUGCAACACCUCAAGAGCCACAGGCUGAGAAAGACUGUCUUUCAUGAAUGUUUGUUACACAACUAACCCAAUCCCCUCCUCAUAUAUAAUAGAAUGUCUAAUUUCUUCUUCCUGUAACUUAGGCUAGGUUCAUAUAUCCGGUGUCUGACUCCAGUGGAACUGGGUGAAAAUUGCCAGAACUGAUGCACCAACUGAUGCCAGAAGUGCAUCAUCCGGCGUCUAUUGUUUGUGAUCAUCGGACAGGGGAACGCAGCAAGAUGCGUUUCCGUCUGUGGCGGUCCGGCGAGUCCAAUCAUCCGGCGUCUAAACUGACGGAUGAUUGUGAACGGUCCCAUUUAAAUGAAUGGGAUCAGUUCUGGCUUAAUUUUCCAUCUGGCAUAUUUCUUGCAGCGCUGGAGGGAAAAGAAAAAGGACGGACAUAUGUAAAGGGACCUAACAUUUUGUGAGCCAUCAGCUUAGCAUAUAGCAUCUUGUCCACACUGUGCAGCUGGAAGAACAAACAAAAUCAACGUUUUUUGGUGGUAGAUGGAACUUGAUGGGAUGGUGGGUAGAUUUGGGAUUUACCAUAUUUAAUUGUGUAUGGGGGUGCCACACGCUCUGCAAAGUUCAGCAUGGACUCACACUAAGCGGUCGGAUUGCUGAGGCAGCCAUAUAACACCCGGUGUGUUCUGUGUGUCAGUCCUAUUAAGUGCUUGCUGUGUCUUUCCAUGCUGAACUGGAUGUGGCACCAAAACUCUGGAGCUAAGCUUUAAGAGUUCAAUUGCAUUUUAUUAGGCUACGUUCACACUGCCGGUUUUCUCCAGCAGUGUAAAGCCCGCUAUUUUAGGAUAGAGAAAAGCCGGAGAAAAAAAUAGUGCACGCACAGUCUUUCUCUCCGGCAUUUCUCUCCGAAAAUAACAA